AAAGCCACUUCAAGGACACCGCGCACACAAGCCUGAGCAUAGAGGAAUUUCAGUCGCACAAAGUCACAGCUUUUCUUUGCCUGGCUGGACUCUACGCUCACUCAGGUCUGACCAAGUAAAACACAGCGAUGGCUGAGGCGCAUCAGGCGGUGGGGUUCCAGUUCACCGUGCGCCCGGAUGGACUGGACCUUAAACUGAGCCAGGAAGUCAUCAAGAACAUCUACCUUUCAGGAGUGACAGCAUGGAAGAAGAAAGCCAUUCAAUUCAAGAAUGGCGUAUUGGCUGGAGUCUACCCUGCCAGUCCGUCCAGUUGGCUGAUAAUUGUGAUAGCCAUGAUGAGCUCCCUGUACAUCCACGUGGACCCCUCUCUAGGAAUGAUUGAUGCCAUCAAGGAAAACCUUCCAUACAGAGACUGCAUAUCGGUGCAGACCCGAGCAGUGUUGGGUGCGAUCCUAUUUGCCACUGGUCUGUGGCUGUUCCUCAUCUACCUGCUGAGAUACACCCUCAAAGCACUGCUCUCCUACCACGGAUGGAUCUUUGAAUCCCACGGAAAAAUGACCACAUGCACCAAAGUGUGGCUGAGCCUGGUAAAGAUGUUCUCUGGACGCAGACCGCUUCUCUACAGUUUCCAGGCCUCUUUACCCAGGCUGCCUGUGCCAAGUGUGGAUGGAACAAUUCAGAGGUACCUUGAGUCAGUCCGUCCUCUGCUGGACAGUGAACAGUACAAGCAAAUGGAGACUUUGGCCAGUGACUUUAAAGAAUCCAUGGCGGCUCAGCUGCAGAGAUACUUAAUCCUAAAAUCCUGGUGGGCAACAAAUUAUGUAAGUGACUGGUGGGAGGAGUACAUCUACCUCAGAGGCAGGAGUCCUAUCAUGGUCAACAGCAACUUCUACACCAUGGAUCUCUUGUACCUGACCCCAACGCACCGACAGGCUGCACGGGCAGGAAAUGUGGUCCAUGCCAUGCUGCAGUAUAGACGGAAGCUGGAGCGAGGCGAACAUGCACCGCUAAGGGCUUUGGGGACAGUUCCAAUGUGUUCCACUCAGAUGGAGAGGAUAUUUAACACCACCCGCAUCCCUGGCAUUGAAACAGACUUUGUGCAGCACCUGACUGACCGUAAGCACCUGGUCGUCUACCACAAGGGCCGGUUCUUCCAAGUGUGGCUGUACACGGGAGGGCGCCACCUCUUGCCCAGUGAACUCGAGACACAGUUUCAAAGAAUCCUGAACGACACAUCAGAGCCCCAACCUGGAGAACUCAAACUAGCUGCCCUGACAGCGGGAAACAGGGUUCCAUGGGCUCGAGCUCGGAUUAAAUAUUUCGGCCAGGGAGCAAAUAAAGUUUCCCUGGACGCGAUUGAGUCAGCUGCCUUCUUUCUGACGCUGGAUGACGAGCCACAGGGUUAUGAUCCUGCAAAGACCAAUUCGUUUGACAGUUACGCCAAGUCCCUGCUGCAUGGAAAAUGUUAUGACAGGUGGUUCGAUAAGUCUUUCACCUUGAUCUCGUAUCCAAAUGGAAAAAUGGGUAUAAAUACUGAGCAUUCCUGGGCCGAUGCACCAAUAGUAGGACACAUGUGGGAGUACGUUCUUGCAACAGACUGCUUCCAUCUUGGCUACACGGAGGAGGGCCACUGUAAAGGGGACAUUAACAGGGGCCUGCCUUUUCCCACGCGGCUACAAUGGCAAAUUCCAAAGGAGUGCCAGCACGUGAUUGAAACGUCAUACCUAUCAGCCAAGCAAAUUGCCGAUGACGUCGACUUCCACGGCUGUCUCUUUUCUGACUUUGGGAAGGGCCUGAUCAAGAAGUGCAGGACGAGCCCAGAUGCAUUUAUUCAGAUGGCGCUGCAGCUGGCACAGUUCAGGGACCAGCACGUGUUCUGUCUGACGUACGAGUCGUCGAUGACUCGCAUGUUCAGAGACGGGCGGACGGAGACGGUGCGCUCCUGCACGUCUGAGGCCGUUGCCUUUGUCAGAGCCAUGGAGGACGCAGGUGCAACAAAAGCCCAGAGACUUGAGCUGUUUAGGAAGGCGUCCGAGAAGCACCAGAACAUGUACCGUCUGGCCAUGACUGGUUCCGGCAUCGAUCGUCACCUCUUCUGUCUCUACAUAGUGUCCAAAUACCUUGGUGUCGAGUCUCCAUUUCUUAAGAAGGUGCUUUCAGAGCCCUGGAAGUUGUCCACCAGCCAGACACCUCAGCAGCAGCUCAAUUUAGUCGACAUCAACAAGUUCCCCAAAUACGUCGGAGCUGGAGGAGGAUUCGGGCCUGUGGCCGACGAUGGCUACGGCGUGUCUUACAUCAUUGUUGGGGAAAAUCUCAUCACAUUCCACAUCUCCAGCAAGUUCUCCUGCCCCACAACAGACUCGUACCGGUUCGGUCAGCACAUCCAGAAGGCCAUGGUUGAUAUCCAGUCACUUUUCAAGCCUGAAAAUGAUAAGAAGACAGCGGAGCAUGCAACGUGCGUGCCCCUGGAAAAUGGGAAAAAGCACAUUUAACGGACAGUUUGAGGAAGCUGUGCCGGAUUUGGAGCACAGACCUGUACAUAAAAAUCAAAAACCUUCUGGGGACAGGUUGCACUUUUGUUUUGUUUUUUGUUUAUUUUUUUCUUGUGAGUCACAGGAUCUGGGCAUUCCACUCAGUGUCAGGAACAGUGAUUGCUCCUCUAAUUUAUUUCUAUUUAUGCUGUACCUCUCAGACCUGCUGUGCUGAGGGAACUUGUUUUUAGAGGUUGUUUCUUUCCUUUGACAUCUGUGUCACCAUAGACUGUAUAUAGAUCUAAUGUAUGUAAAUGGAAACAAAAAUCACAGUCUGAAUCUAUGGAAUACAGCUUGUAAAUAUAAGAUUUCAUGUUUGAAAAUCUCAGUCCUUUAUUAUAUGUCAGUAUUUAUUACCUGAUGCUGUAAUUUGUUUUUGUUUUUUAAAUAUGUAAUUAAAAUAGCUUUAUACAUCCA